AUGGCAUAUGAAAGGAAGAAUUUCAGGCCAGCAAGCUCAUCUUGUUUUUCGUUUUAUACUCUCUUUCAUAUCUAUAUUAUUGCUUCUGCUGCUGCAAUUCAUUUUGAGACGAGUAAUGAGACAGACUACCAGUCUCUGCUUGACAUCAAGGGUCUAAUACAUGGAGAUCCAUUCCAGGCUCUAAGCUCCUGGAAUGAUUCCAUUCAUUUUUGUGAUUGGCGUGGAGUCACAUGUGGCCUGCUUCAUCAAAGAGUCACUGUCUUGAAUAUGUCAUCAUUUUACUUGGUUGGUUCUCUUUCUCCCUCCGUAGGAAACCUUACCUUUCUCAGAGAACUCAAUAUUCAGGAUAACGAUUUUCAUGGUAUGAUUCCUGAAGAAGUAGGCAGGCUUUUUCGGCUUCAGUAUCUUCGUUUUGCCAAUAAUUCCUUUGAGGGAGAACUUCCAUUAAAUAUCACGGGUUGUUCAGAGCUAAGUAUUCUUGAUUUAAGGGGUAACAGGCUCAUCGGGGGAAUUCGAGAUGACCUGAGCACUUUAUCUAAGCUUUACGCCCUGAGCCUUUCCAGGAAUAAUUUCUCAGGCAGCAUUCCACCAUCUUUAGGUAAUAUUUCCUCUCUUCAGAUACUUAACAUGUCAAGAAACAAUCUAGGUGGAAAUAUUCCGGCGGAGAUUGGUUGGCUUUCAAAUCUGCAUGUCCUUGAGCUGUCCUCAAAUAGACUUUUAGGUGCAGUUUCUCCUCAGCUCUACAACAUUUCGACACUCCAGAUCUUUUCUAUUACUAACAAUCUAUUAAGUGGACAGUUUCCUGCUACUGUGGGAUUGACUCUUCCAAACCUUACUUUAUUUUAA